UACAGUUUGAAAUUGCCGCGUGGGUUGUCACGCAUGCGCAUCACGUGUAAUUUAUGAAUGUAUGGCGGCAAGCCAGAUGUAAACAAACAAGUUGGGCCUUGCAAACAUGUGCCGUGCAGUUUUCGAAAUCGGGAAGACAUGUAGACUAACCAAGUACCUAAAUUAUCACACUCAGAAACUAUUUCUAAUGUAUGGUGUUCGUGAUUAUAGUAGCACAACUUCAGCGUGAUAGAUAUCAAAACUCCAGCUGGAAAUCCAAUUAAUGGAAUGAUUUGAAAGCCCUCACUUGUUGAUUGAGUUAAGUGUAACCUUUGAAAAAGAAUGUUCUUCACAUAGUCUAAAAUAAAGUAGUGUAAAAUGAACGAUACUGACUCAAGCCUCAAGAAAUCGUCUCUUUCCAAGUCAACCUUGAAAAAUUCUGCGCAAAUUAGUUCCGUACCCUUGAUUGUCAGUGAAUUGGUUUAUAAUUCUCUCAGUGCUGAUGCGCAAUCUAUCGCUGUUCGCUUGGAGCUCAAUCGCCAAAAACUCCAAGUGGUCGACAAUGGGAUUGGAAUGACCGAAAUUCAAUUAAACCAGUUGCAAGCUCGAGACAAAACUCAUUUUCCCCAUCAAGACGGGUUUGCAUCAUAUCCUUUUUUCCAAGCUCAAAAUUUUAAAAUACUCCUAGAGACAUGCCAGAAUCUAAUGAUAAUUUCAAGAACAAGGAACUCGGAUGAAUCAUAUUUUCGUGUUUGGAAAUGUGGAAAGUCCCAGGGGAAAAGUGAAGGAGCACCCCAAAACAGAGCAACUCAUGGCACAACGAUCAUUAUUGAGGGCCUAUUUUACAACCAGCCAAUCAGGCAGAAGCUGAUUUGCCCCUCUAUCGAGCUGAAUCGCGUAAAAAGACAAAUUUCAUCUAUUUCAGUUGUUCAUCCACAUGUCAGUUUUUCUCUCCGAGAUAAUCAUUCUGGAGCACUUGCUCUUCAAUUGAAGAAAAACGAUAAUCUCAUGGCGAGAUUCUGUUGUGCUUACCCCGAAGUAUCAAUUUCAUCUCUCAUUGAAGUGUCAGCGAACAACGAAAUUAUCAACGUUUCUGGUGUUAUAAGUCGUAAUACCAACCAUGAAAAUACCAUUCAGUUAGUCUACAUCAACAAACGGUUGAUUGUAAAUUCUUUUAUCCGUGAUUUAAUUAACUUCCUACUAUCAAAAAGUUUUUUUCUCAACGGAAUCCACGUCAAGAACAAAGGGAGGUGCUCUAAAGUACCAAUAAACGAUCAAAUUUUAAGCAAAAUUCCGUGUCUCGAAACCAAACCAUCGGAAUCUCGUUCACCAACCGCCUCACCGAUUUUUCAAAAAUCCAAGCACGCUGUUUUUGCCAUCGACAUAACCUGCAUCUCAGGGGAAUGUAGUAUCGUAUCCUCUCCGAAAUCCACGGAGGUCAUUUUCUCAAAUCAAACAGCAUUUUUUGACUGCCUUCAGCAAGCCAUUCAACAAUUUUUGGUUUCAGAAAGCAAUCUGAAACCUACUGUAUUCGAUGAUGAAAAGAUAAAAUCAAGUGAUCGAAAGACAGACUGUAACCAGCCACCGGUGACUUUAACGCAAGAACCGAAAAGUAAACCCUCCGAUCCAAACACAGUCACAACCAAAAAAGCCCACGAUGCUUCUGUCUCGAACGAACGUAAGAAGAGUACGACGAGGGCAGUUGUUACUACUUAUGCUAAAAUAAAAAAGAACACAUUUUGUAGCUUUCGGCCUAAUACUCCUGCUCGGCAAAGGAAAGUACGUUCCGACGAUGUUCGAGUAUUGAAAGAGAAGUUACAAGAACUUGUCAAAAAAGAUAAAAAUCCCAAACAACUCUUAAAAGAUAAUGCUCGAAAAGAUAGUGAACGUGCUAAUCCAAAAUCGAAUAAAAACUCUGAGGGUACUCUCGCUAGCAAUACCGUCAACAGCCCUCAAUUUCCUUCAAGAGCAAAAUUACACCACCGUAAAAUUGCAAGGAAAAUGGAACGCACCAGCAGGGUGCCAGUAAUAUCGAAAAAAAUUCGUGGGUCGCCCGAUUUUCAACUUCAAAAGUCAUUGCAGAGGAACGCCAAAACAACCGUCAAAAAUUCAAAGAGAGUACAGAAGAAUUUUGCCAAAGAACAACUUUCCCCUCCGUAUGAUGGCACUAUACCAGUGCGCGAUCCUCCUGACAAUAAUAAAACAAUUGACAAGAUCACUUUUAAAAACAAACAUAGACUUUUCAAGAGAAAAGAUGAUCUCGUCCCGGAUCGAGACAUAACCUCCAAAAGGAAGAAACUCGCCGAAAAUGUCACGGUAAGUUCAAAGCCCCGCGAAGUCGAGAAAGUCAUCCAAAAGGGUAAAGAAAAUCGACCACUGAAGAGGAAAAUUAAUCCCGAAAGUGUAGUCACAGAUUGUACCUCUGAAGUCAUUCCCGAUGAAAGUAAACGUGAUAAUAAUGCGACAAACAGCAAACAUUCUAAAGUAGCGAAAAUGAAAAGCGGGCGCGAUAGUGAUUGCUUAAACAACUCAUUAAAUUUUUCUCAACAAAAUAAUUCGGGUAGCGUUCAAAAAUCUGUGAGUGAACGAAAUUCGCCCCCGGAGGACGGGCAUCUUACUAUUUCCUGCCAAUCGAGUGAGGUCGAAAACAGCCCGGACUGCAACACAAGUCUGUGCGGUUUCUGUGGCUCUAGCAAAUCUGUUAUCUCGUUGGACGCCGAUUCAAAAAGAUUCAAAUUUUCAGAAAAGUUAUUGUCUGAUUUGGGGUCAAUAACUAGUUUCGAGGGCAGCGAAGAGAAGUCUUGUAAAACUAAGGCCAAUCCGAAGUUUGAUGCGGAAACCCCUUUGACUGGAUCAUCGUCUACGAAAUUUUCAAGGCCACACCACCGCGAAGAAAUUAAAAACAAACUUCAUUCAAAUAUUCUCAACGUCCAAAAAUCAUCGAAGGAAAAAUUUAAAAAAAGCCAAUCGCGGAAAAAAACUAAGCUCAUAAGUCUAGCCAAUUUUUUGAGAAACCAAAGCCUCACUUACCAUAAGCGGAAGAAAUUAUUUGUCGCGUCGAAAGUAGCAGCGAAAAAUGCGAAUGGUAAAAAGAAUCCGUGUCCCACGGAUGGAAAGUCCAGAAAAAAACAUAUCAACGAAAAAUUUCGCAGAAAAUUAAAACGAUUAAAGUCACCUAAAGAGCCGAGAAAAUGUAACUUAUGCACAAUGUUUGCUGCAAAUCCUAAUUUGAAAGAUCACGAAUCCUGUAACUCAAGCUCAAUGAAAGAAGACGGUCACGCCGCAUCUGGAAAGAUAUCAGACAAAAUUGAACCGUUUACAACGAAUUUUCGAAAAACCCGCCCUGAAAAAGCUAGUCGGGAUUUAAACCAAAGUUUUGGAAAUGUCUGUUCAAGGAUGCGAACCAACGUCAAUCUUCCUGGAAUUCACCGCGUUGUUACUCCUCGUGAUAUUUUAAAUCAUGAUAAUUCAACCCGCGUGAGUAGCCUUGUGAAUUCUCGUGUGCGUGAACCUGAGAUGAAUUCUAAAUUUCUGAUGUCAAUCAACGAACCUGAGUUUUUAACUGUGCUCAACGUUGAACAUCUAAAUUCUCCCGCAACACCUGAACACAAUCCGCCAAUCACACCACCGACUUACGAAAGAGAAAUCUCCGGUAGUGUUGGAGAAAAGUUGAGAGCCCGAUUUGAAGAACUGCACUUAGAUAAUCAGGUUGAAGUGGCUCCAAAAGAAAAUAGAAAAUUCGCAUCCAAGCAGACUGAGGAGCGCCAAUAUUUACCGCAACAUUUUAGAUUCGAUCCAAAAAUCAACUCCCCAGGUGAUAACAUCGUCUUUCUCCCGCGAAACGGAGGUAAACCCUCUCUUUCUCGAUUUUUUAAAGGAAACAAACCCCCGCAGCCCUGUCAGCGUGAAUUUUCACCUUUCUUUAAGCCUGUGAUCACCACGGUGCCGUCUCCUUUUUUGAAAUCGCGCCCUAUAAAAAAACUGGUUCCUGCUCCUGAUUUAUUUUUGUCGAUGCAAGUGGAAGAUAAUUACAAGAGUAAUUUCCUUUCAACUAACGAAGGAGAACAAAGAAAGAGUGUUGAUGAUUCCUAA